UCUAGUUAUAUAAGGUUUGAAAGGAGGAAUAGCAAAGCAUAGUUUUGGAGGAGUGAGCAAUAGUUCAAACGGUCUUCUCUGCAUGUCUGCUUCUGCACUUGUUCCAGCAGAACACUUAUUGCAGCUGAAAUUAUGUAUCCCAUGCUUCAAAUAUGCUCAAUUUCUCCCAAUACUAAUAAAACACAUACCAAGCAAAGCCCACAUUUAUGUGAACGGAGUUGGGUGGUAAACCAAACUGAUUUUAGGAGGUGCUCCAGUGGUCCUUUACUCCCCUAGCAAGGUUGUAUGAUUCGCCACACAUGAUAUUCAUCCGCACCGUUGAAGAACGCUCAAGUCUACGGCGCUGGCGGAAGGACACAAUUUCUAACGUCAUCGUUGUGCUUCGGUUAUCGCCAAGCAAAAAUGUCUGCCUAAGGGAAACUCGCAAGUUACAUAGUGGAUAUUUGCAAAAUUCAAUCGCAAAAGAUACCGAUUUCAUUAUCUUUCCGACUCGAAACAAGGAAACCUACGCCGUCACCGGCACACCCGAUCGCCCUAGUUGGAUUUUUGACAGCAGAAAAGAUUUAGUAAAGGAUCGUAAGGAUGAACCCUCAGCAGCGGAUUGCCGCUAUCGGGACGGAUAAGGAGCUGAGUGAUCUGCUGGAUUUUAGCGCGAUGUUUUCUCCACCUGUAAACAGUGGGAAAACUAGGCCGACCACUCUUGGAAGCAGCCAGUUCAGCGCAUCAGGUAUGGAUGAGAGGACAAGCCAGGCAUCAUGGGCCUCAGGUGGCCAGUCCAGCCCGUCCUAUGAGUCCUCUAGGGGGUUUGAAGACAGCACUCAUUAUGCUGAUCACUUGAGUGACAGUCGAUUAGUGUCCCAUGAAGGAUUGUCCCCAACACCUUUCAUGAGCUCCAGCAUAAUGGGCAAAUCUGAGAGGCCUCCAUUCUCUGGCUAUGGGAGAGAGCCAGGCGUCUCUGGAUGCCAGGCCAGUCUGAGGUCGGACAUGGGACUGACGAGCCCAGGGCCUGUCACCACCUCUGGGAAGUCGCCCACUCCGUUCUACUCUUUUACUGGCUCCAAUCCACGAAGACGCACCCUUCAGGACUCAGCUUCACUGGAUCCUCUGCAAACAAAGAAAGUGCGCAAGCCCCCUCCUGGCCUGCCUACAUCUGUGUAUGCACCAUCUCCCAGCUCAGAUGACUUCAACAGAGACUCUCCAUCCUACCCGUCCCCCAAACCCCCCAGCAGUAUGUUCGCAAGCACUUUCUUCGAUGGGGCCCACAAUUCCUCUGAGCUGUGGAACUCAUCCAAUGGGAUCAGCCAGCCAGGCUAUGGGGGAAUGCUGGGAGGAUCUUCAUCUCACAUGCCACAGUCUGGAAACUACAGCAACCUGCACUCACACGACCGCCUGAACUACCCGCCACACUCAGUGUCGCCCACAGACAUCAACGCUAGCCUGCCACCCAUGUCCAGCUUCCACCGCAGCAGUGCCAGCACCUCACCCUUCGUCACCGCAUCUCACACUCCACCUGUCAACACCGCAGAGGGAGUCAUGGCUGCUGCCAACCGAGGGAACGCCACUGGAAGCUCUCAGACUGGAGACGCGCUGGGAAAAGCCCUGGCUUCGAUUUAUUCUCCUGACCACACCAGCAGUAGUUUCCCCUCAAACCCUUCCACUCCAGUGGGCUCUCCCUCUCCUCUGACGGCUCAGGCGGGCGCUGCCACAGCAGGUACAGUGGUGACGGCCAGCGGCCCCACAGGAAGGGCAGGUACAACUCAGUGGCCUCGCGCAGCUGGACAGACACCUUCUUCUCCGAACUACGAGAGCUCCCUCCACUCUCUGAAAAAUCGUGUGCACCAGCAGCUUCAUGAGCAUCUGCAGGAUGCCAUGUCCUUCUUAAAGGAUGUCUGCGAGUCUCGGAUGGAGGACCGGCUGGACAGGCUGGACGAUGCGAUCCAUGUCCUGCGGAAUCACGCCGUGGGCUCGACUGCCGCCCUGUCUAGUGACAUCCACAACCUUUUGGGACAAGCGCACAACGGGCCAAUUUCAGCCAUUGGCACCAAUUUCCCCGCUUCUGGAUUGGUCACCAACCGAACAGCACAAAUGGGCUCUGUUCACCGCGAAGAGACCGUCAGCCUGAACAACAACCACGGUGGCCUGCAGGCCAGCGCUGGUCCCACCUCCAGCUCGGAGCUCAACCACCAGGCAGAAACGUUCAGAGGAAUCGCUAGUGCUCUGGCCGGUCAGGUUGCUCCUCCUCUGGACCUGAAGGUUGAAAGUCAAGAAAAGGAUGACAUGAACGAUAACCACUCCUCAGACGACCUCAAAUCAGACGACGAGAGUGAUAAAAGGGAUUUAAAGCAGAAUCGGGGAAGCACUCGACCAAGCAGUAUCAAUGAAGACGAGGACCUGAACCCCGAGCAGAAAGCGGAGCGCGAGCGCGAGAGGAGGAUGGCCAACAACGCUCGCGAAAGGCUGCGAGUCCGGGACAUCAACGAGGCAUUCAAAGAGCUGGGCCGCAUGUGUCAGCUGCACUUGAAGAGCGAGAAGCCCCAGACCAAACUGCUCAUACUUCACCAGGCCGUCGCCGUCAUUCUCAGCCUCGAACAGCAAGUCAGAGAGAGGAACCUAAACCCCAAAGCAGCCUGCCUUAAGAGGAGGGAGGAGGAGAAGGUGUCAGGGGUGUCAGGUGACCCCCAGCAAGCCCAUCCGCCUGUGCACCCGGGCCUCACAGACACAUCCAACCCCAUGGGCCAUCUGUGAACAGCCAGAUCAAAUGGAUCCCGAUGGCGUGUGUUAGACAGAGUCGGUGACCUUGCUUUCCACGGGCGGACAGGACUCACAGUUUGUGACACAAAUUUGAAAAGACAGACCACUCGAAGCAAAAUUCCACCGUUAAGCAAUCCUG